AUGGAGCUAAACCCUACCGAAUUUCCUAAUUUGGCAUGCCGCACCAUACGUAAAUGCGUCUCGGGCCGCCACUCUCCAUCUUUCUUUCUACUAUCCCCAUUUCAUCCUCGCAAAUCAACGAAGAUGAGAGAUAAGUGGAGAAAGAAGCGCGUCCGUCGUCUCAAGCGCAAGAGAAGAAAGAUGCGCGCCAGAUCCAAAUAA